AAUAAUACUCUUAUCAAGAUGGCGGCUUACACAUGACAUCGCAAAAUUCCUCGAAAUUAUUUGCAUGUCUGUUGACGAAUUCUUUCUUCGUCAGGACUUAGUGUUGUUUUUCAACAGGAAAAAGGAUUUAUGCAUUGAUUUAGUUGUUAAAGUCGCUUGAUGCAGCUGCAUAUUCUCAAAGUAUCUUGAAUCAACAAUCUUCUCACGGCAUGGAUGUUGCUAAUUUCCUGUCUGCUGUUUUUCCGUCGAAGGAAGACGAAAAUAUUGCGACUCCAAGGUAACAAAAAUCCGUGAUAUCCUCAGUAAGACCUAGUUAAAUGUUUUAAAUGCUUUUCCGUUGGUAAAAGGUGGAGCAUUCGUCAAAAAGGCACAUUCUUUAAAGAAGAAAUAAGGUCAAUUUUGGAUGUGUCAAAAAUAUGAUGACGGCGAUGGCUAGCUUGAGACCACGCCCUCUCCCCAUUAUCUCUAUGUCUUUUUAAAAUUUUUUCCUAUCUCUUCUCUCCUCUUAAAAAAAGGAAAAGAAAAGAGGAAGAGAAAAACACGUAAAUGCAGGAUGGCUAGAUUGCAGAAGCCCCUGCAGUCCUCCAGUCGUCCAAUUUGCAUAGUAAAUUCUGACAUUGACAGGGGGAGUUCUGGACUGUGGGAGCACUAGUAUACCUUGUUCUAUAAGCACACUAGUUACUCGACAUUGACUACAGGAGUACGGGACUGUGGGAGCACUAGUUGUGUACCCACUUAAGAUUCACUUUUCUGCAACUGCGGGAGAAGCACUUGUUUUACUUACUUUAAUAGAGUGAAGUAUUCAGCAUAAUAGAACACGACUGCAGGACUGUGGAAGCGGGUUUUCGAGGAAGACAUUUAGUAAGCUGGAUAUUCUGGAAUUGCUCCUUCAGGAUAUGAUGAUGAUGAUGGUGAUAAUGAUGAUUAUGUUUAUUUAUUUAAUGUUUUUAUUUAUUUGUAUUUUUUGUCAUUAUUUGUAAUGGUCUUGUUAUGGUUUUUGUCACCCUUGCAGAAGGUUAUUGGAGUAUGGCACCCUUCAAAAUCAUAUUGAUGAGAUUCUAGCCCAAUAUGAUGAGGAACCAAAACCAGGUAUGCUUCUCCCUGUGAUUAACAAUGAUUAAUAUUGGAGUACAUGCAUCUUAAAGGGUGAAACCUGCGCUGUCAUUAAGGGCCAGAGACCGGAGAUUUCCCCCAGCAACUAUGAACAUGUUCCCCAGCUACUUUUAUAGGAAUUAAAAGAAAAAUGGAACUGAAAGAACUUCCUUCAGUCUGUAGCUGUUGAAUAAUAAUGUUGAAUAAACCAGCAACUUGAAAUCUUAGCGAUAGCCCUGAAACUUUCAUUUUAUUUAAAGAAAUUCCGGCCCAGGCCCUAAUGGAAAGAGUGAACAAAUGUGGAAUGACCCUUGUAUUUAUCCUUUAGUUUGAAAUGUCAGACUGCUGCAAAAAUGAAAGAUGGUAAAUUUUAAGCUAGGUAAUUGAACAUGUGAAAGAUGUGAUAAUGAGAAUGCUGGGUAGAGAACAUGAUGUGACCGGUAACUUUUCUUGAACAGUACUGUACUCAGGCUACAGCCGUUUGAAAGUCUGUCUUUAUUGGUUUGAGACAUUGCUGGUUUACUUAAAAUAUUUACUCCAAAAAUAUUUGAAUUUUCCUAGUAGUAACCAAAGGUUAGGAAGUGCUGGGAUUAAUCAAAGGUCAAAAUGCUCUUGCUCCAAUGCUCUACUGUUUUUAAGUUUCAUGUGAUAGAAGGCCAAAAUGCACAUGAUCAGAUAAUUAGCUAUAGAAGGUCCAAACAAGUGUGAUCAGAUUGCCCUUUGUGCAUACCAUUAUUUAUUCUAAGUAGAAGUUCAAACAAAUGCUGGUUACAUACGUGUCAUGCAUACACAAUAGCUGCCUGGAAAUUAACUGUGAUUUCUUUUCCUCCCAAAGAGCUUGAUGCUGAGGAAAGAGCAUUAACUGAUGGUAGAAUUGGACCAGGUAAUGUGGGGAUUGACAGAGCAAGUCUUUGCGGGUCAAUGACUAUCAAAGAUGGAAUGGAGGUAUGGCAGACAUUUAUUUGUAAUUAUGUUGUACUGAAAAGCCCAGUAGUUAAUUACAAGGAUACUCUAAAGUGUAACCCUGAUGAACUUUUAACAAAAACUAUAUUGCUGUUUAGAUUGAAAGCAAAGGCAAUUUCAGCAGUGUAAGGGCCAAUGCCUGUGUUUGCAAAGGUAGGUGCUGGUAUAUGCUAUUGAAUAUAUUUUCAUUUAAUGAUCACCAAGGGGAAAAGGUUCCGAUUGUCUCAACUAAUUCCGUAAAAAAAUGUAUGGAGAUCAGUCGGGAGAAUUUGUAUGCAUAUAUUGAGGUUAAUUCUUAACCAGUUGACUGCUGUUUUCUUUGAAGGAAAAUGGAUGUAUGAGAUUCUUUUGGGUUCUAAAGGAAUCAUGCAGCUGGGAUGGGCAACUUUACUAUGCAAAUUCACCAAUGAGGUAUGCGAAAAGUUAGUUUUCUAUCCUUUUAGUCUCUUGAUAAUAUUCCAUGAUGCAUUAUUAUUCAUGCUUAAUUCAAUGUUUAAUUUCUUACCAAAGGAAGGUGUUGGUGACACUCCUGACUCUUUUGCUUAUGAUGGCCAUCAA